AUGACUGAAACAAUAAUUCAAGCCGCCUUGACUUCAAAACCGUGUCCGCCGCAUGGUGUGGUGGGUUGGAUAUCACCCGAUAUUGGAAAGAAGUACACUGAAAAUAUAGUCAUAACGAUAGAGAACGCUCCUCCAACCAUAAUCCUCACCCCCGGCACCCCUGGUCCGCUAGACGUAAGCGAGGGUUCAGAUCUGGUUUCACGUUGUUCAGUGUUGGAAAACGAACCGUUCACAUUCAAAUGGAUCCGGCGACUACCUGAUGGUUCGACUCAAGUACUAUCACAGAACUUUAUGCUCAGUUUGUAUCAAGUGACCCAUCAGGAUAUCGAAUACCCGAUCUACUGUCAAGCCACACGAUCAGCUGAUGGACAGAUAUUUGAGGAGCUGCUUGACAUCCGAGUUGACCAGCAGUACACUGUGACUAUCCGGCCACUAACAACCGAGGUCAUUGUUGGCAAACCGUACGAGCUUGAGUGUGAGGUUUCCCCAAGACCAGACACCCGGUUAGGCUUUCGUUGGUAUCAUGGCGGAAGAGUGGUUGGGGAUAACGCUGUGUUGAGGAUUCCUUUUCUGGCCUAUCCGGAUAUCGGGGCCUACAUUUGCCGAGCUGAAUGGACACCACGACAAUCUCGAACUGGUCCGAUAGCAGCCAACACCACGGUGGAGAUCAAUUUGGCCUUGACAAGAGAAAUGGGAAUCGAAAUGGUCCCACCACCUGGGAAUGUUAUGGUCACUCUACCUGGAGAAACUCGUGAGCUCCACUGCGAAUUCCAUCACCUACGCGGUUCACAAGGCGUCCAAUGGUUUUUCAACGAACAGCCUUUGGAGCUUCAUCCGACCUUGAACAUGUCUGGUAAUGUCCACCGUAUCGACCGAAUGCGCGUCAGCAUUGUCAUUCUACGCGGGGUUGAAAAAUCACACGCUGGGGCGUACGAGUGCCGUGUGAAUGGUGAUAUCAGGCAAACCAAUGUGAUUGUUCGGGAUGAAGAUGUACUGCAAAUCAAUCCCUCGAGUGACACAGUGGACGAAGGAUUUGGAGUGGAGUUCCACUGUCAAUCACACGGAUCAGGACGCCCGUCAAACAGAGACAUGCUCUGGUUCUUCCGCCCGUUCCGUGGUGGGCCUAUGACCCCUCUUGACACGACCAGUCCGACCGGAUUUCGUCGCCUAGACGACCCGUACGCCUUACAUACAAGUUUUAUAAGCAAACAAUACGCACGGAAGUCAGAUGAGGGUGAAUACAUAUGUCGACUUGGGCCUAACGAAGCUGUAGCCAGGCUUUUUGUUCAUGAAGAUGUACUGCAAAUCAAUCCCUCGAGUGACACAGUGGACGAAGGAUUUGGAGUGGAGUUCCACUGUCAAUCACACGGAUCAGGACGCCCGUCAAACAGAGACAUGCUCUGGUUCUUCCGCCCGUUCCGUGGUGGGCCUAUGACCCCUCUUGACACGACCAGUCCGACCGGAUUUCGUCGCCUAGACGACCCGUACGCCUUACAUACAAGUUUUAUAAGCAAACAAUACGCACGGAAGUCAGAUGAGGGUGAAUACAUAUGUCGACUUGGGCCUAACGAAGCUGUAGCCAGGCUUUUUGUUCGUCAAAUAGCUAAUUACGACGUAUUCAUUACUCCACCAAUCAUACGCGUGCGUGCCUAUCAACCAAUCCAAAUCGAGUGUUAUACCCAGGAGACCAGUGGACGACCGUCGAAUGUUGUGCCUAAACACCGCAUUGAUCGUCCAGUUGUUGGAUUCAUUCCCACUCCGAUUGGGGAAAAUCGACUUCAGAUAUCUCAUCCGACUGGUCUUGGGGCAGAGUACAAUGGCACCCGAGUGGAAUGUUACACCGAACAUCCCGGUAAACCAGCAAGUGCGAUCAUCGUGAUUGAAUCAGCAUGUCCUCAGGGCUAUCGUCGCUGCCGAUCCGGUCAGUGCAUUCCAGCUGGACGAUUCUGCGAUGGACAGUAUGACUGUAUCGAUCAGUCAGACGAAGAUCCUUUGUACUGCAAGGCCUGCGAUCCUAUUUCCAAACCAUGUGAAGAGUACAAUGGCCGUGCACCUCACAAGAAACACUACAUGAUCCAUUGGGAGUGUGAUGGUGAAGAUGAUUGUGGCAAUGGGUUUGACGAAUCUCGAUGCCCAGUUAUACAAAGCUCACCAACAUACCGCUAUACAACACGUCCUGGUAGACAAGUGAUACUUCAGUGCCGGGUGAUUGGAAGGCCGAUUCCUCGAGUAAUUUGGCGCUUCAACUGGGGAUGCCUGCCGGACGAAGGUGGUCGAUUCCGAGUUAACAGCGUGGUGGAAAACUGCGAUUCGCCUAUGCCGACCGUGAUUAGUACUCUGACAAUUACGGGGGUCCAAAACGGAGAUGACGGUAUCUAUAACUGUGAAGCAUUGGCUGGAGCGACUCGCGCGAUGUCUGCCGACUACUUUGUCAUGCUCGAGUAA